AUGUUUGGAUCGAUCGAGAUUGUUGGAGUGCGCGAGUUGGACCAGGUUGGCGUCGAGGUUGCAUCAUACAAUCUUACGAAUUGGAAUGUAUCCGUAGUGUCGCCUUUGUCAACAAACUAUACUGUGCAAUUCGGUCCAACCGUUGGAAACUCAUCUCCCUCCGCAUCAAUAUUGGUCAACAUUCGUUGGUUUGAUGACAAUGCCAACAUAACAUUCGCUGGGGAUGUGCUGGCGAUGAAGAAGUCCACGCUCAAGUACACUAUCGCGCUGGCCAACUACCCAUUCGCCAACAAGCUGCAUUCGCUACAGGUUGUGAUGCGCGCAUCGAUAAACACCUCGGACACCAACGCCUGCUCGUCGGAGCAGUACGGAUUCGUUGACAACGAUCGCAGCUUGUACUGGAUGCGUGUCAGGGUCCAGAACUACAGCGUCUACGGGCACUUCAUCCAGAAGGCCGAGGUGGACGAGCGCGUAGCAGUCAUCUCCAACACUUUGCUCAAUGACACCUCGUUCUCCGACAGCCACUUGACCGCCGAGUCAAUGAUUGGCAUCAACGUGCCAUACUUUGAACGCAACGCCCACCUUGAUCCAGACUUUUACCUGUUGGUGGACUCGGUGGAUGCCAAGUCGACGCCCAACUCCAAGUGUCCGCAGUCUGGCGGACGUGGCAAGCUGUCUGGAUUGGCCAUUGCUGGAAUCGUCGUGCUCUGUGUCGCCAUUGUGGCUGGUGUGGUGGUCGCCGUCGCCUGGAAACGUUAUAUCAAUCUCCGGAACAAAAGAGAGUCCAAGAGGAUCGAACAAAAGUUGAAGGUGAUGAAUAACAAUUGA